AUGUCCCGUCCAACUGACCUCUCCUCACUGCGAAUGCCAGCUGCCUCGGAUGUGGGCUUCAAGCCGGUUCCAGAAGGUCUUGUCGCUAGCGUCCACGUUGUCCGAGCGGGCGAGAUUCUCGUGCCCACAAGCCGUCUGAUGGCUCGCCCACCCAUCGACGGUCCCGCAAGCAUCCCACUGCCCGUGUUCGCUUUCGUCAUCACCCAUCCGUCCGGCCGACGGGUCGUGUUUGACCUGGGGCUCAAGGCUGACAUCAGUCUUUACUCGCCAGACAUCCUCGAGUUUGUCGCAUCCACAAUGCCCUCCACACCACCCCGCGCCGACGUCGCACACCUGCUCGUCGAUGCUGGGAUGGACUUGGCCAGCGUUGAGGCUGUCGUCUUCUCACACGCCCACUUCGACCACACCGGUACCAUCGCCCUGUUUCCUCCUUCGACAUCUCUCAUACAUGGCCCAGGCGGUCUGUCCUGUCUGCCUGGAUACCCCGAGAACCCAAACGCAUCCCCCAUCACCGUAGACAUUGCCCCGACUGACAGGUCGGUGCGGGAGCUAGGGGCCUCCGACAAGUGGGUCCACGUCGGCGCCUUCCGUGGGGUCGACUACUUUGGGGACGGGUCGUUCCAUAUCCUCGACGCACCAGGCCAUAUGCGCGGCCACCUCACAGCGCUUGUGCGCACUUCCACGGCGCCGGACACAUUCCUCCUUCUGGGCGGCGACGCAGCACACAUGCGCGGGCUGUACUCGUGUCCGUGCUCCAUGACAGUGGGCAUCUUCGAUGGCGGAUGCAUGCACGCAGAUCUGGCUGUGGCUUACGACACCAUGGCCAAGGUUGCACGCAUGGAACAGGAAGACAACAUUUGUGUGGUGCUAUCGCACGAUAAGGAGUGGGCCGAGGUGCUGGGCGCUGGAUGGCAAGUGGCGGACAUCUCCGACUGGAAAGCCAAGGGAUACAAGGACAAGGUGGCAGACGCCGAGCAGGCUGCCAGGUAUUGGAUAUGA